AGCGCUGUAGCGCCGCACUAGACUGCAUUUCAAUUUGUUUCGCUCGAGCUUUCAGGCCACUUGCUUCGUCAACCGGCCUUCCCAUCGGUGUGGCGAACCCCGAUGACGGCAACGGUGAAUCCGGUGAUCAAAGUGCCGGUACUGGAAAAACCACUCAACUCCGUCCCGGCGGUGCCCGCGAUUGGUAGCUCAGCGACAGCGACAAGCAACGGUGCAACAUCAGCAGGUGACACCGGUGGCACUGUCGUCAGCUGCCGCAGCAUCGGUGGCAAUCAUUUUUAGAUUCUUCCCACCAGCACGCGUUGCGCUUGCUUCUUGACGCUGAGAAGCAACGGUAGCGUUCUUGCGGGGGUGUGACAUUAUUAGGGUGUGCCACGGGAGGGAUAACGAUGAUACAGUAAUUCAAUCAAGCCACUGGUUUCUUUUCUUAUCAUCCGUCUCUCACACACACACACACACAUCCGUACGGUCGAUCGGCAGCAGUGAACGAGCAAACACGGCCUGACAACGGUUUGUGGUGCUGGCGUGUGUGCCAUAUGCUUCGAACCGGCCGUGUUGCGUCAAGCGACACCCACACACUCGGAGGCUGGUAGAAGAACGAAAAAAAAAUCCCCAAACGUUCCGGAGUAAAGCCACUUCCAAGCUGAGCUCUGAGUCUGAGUCGGGCGGUACGGUAAAUCACUGCGGGAGUAAUUCAAUAAAUACAUCGCACAAGCUACUCGACCGAAGAGUGAACACGCGUGAUGUUUGAGGCUAAGGUAACUUCCGCCACGCUUGGGCGGAUGUGCUAGAAAGUCCGGAACGGCAUCCAUUUGGAGUGCGCCGGGUGGAGUUCCGCAAGGGGCAACAAUCAACAAUUCCACUCGAUCAGCGUGGGUGGCGAUCGAUGUGAACCAAUUGUCUGCCUACAAAUAGCAUUCAGCGUGUAAUCGUCUGCAAGGCGACCGAAACGAAACGAGACGCAAUUUAACGCAAUACCAACGGCAUCGGGUCAACAGGCGAACGUUUUCUGAAGUGUUGCUGGGUGCGGGUCUCGCAAUAGCUGCAUCGGCAGCACCCACUAUCGCCCUAUCGCACGCGGGGAAUGGGGGUCUGAUCCUCGGAGCAGCCCCCACUUCCUGCCCAGGGCGUCCGGCCACCGUCCAGCUGCAUGUAUGGAUUCGGCCACCAUCGCAACGACCAGCAAGCAACGCACGGAUAUAGACGGGGCCGGCCGGACCGACGGCGUCCCGGUGGCCCUAACCGUGGCCACGACCGUCGCCAACCUGCUGCUAGCCAGCCCGAGUCCGGGCCUCGCCGCAACCUCCACCGCCACCACCACCACCUGGGCCAUCACGACUGAAACUGCCGCCCCGCCGUACCUCGUUUACGGCGCGAACCUGAGCUCUCUACCGUACCUGGAUGCGAAUAGUACCGCGUCGCUGUUCUCCCUCAUCCCGGGCGUCGACGCGUCCUCGACACCGGCACCGGCCGGCGCAUCGCACGUGACCAUUUCCACGAUCGUGAUCAGCAUCAUCCUGCUGGCCGUGAUCGUCGGCACGGUGAUCGGCAAUGUGCUGGUGUGCGUCGCCGUCUGUCUGGUGCGCAAACUAAGGCGGCCCUGCAACUAUCUGCUGGUGUCCCUCGCCAUAUCGGACCUGUGCGUGGCCCUGCUCGUCAUGCCGAUGGCCCUGCUGUACGAGGUGCUCGAGGAGUGGCGCUUCGGCGAGGUGUUCUGCGACAUAUGGGUAGCGUUCGAUGUGCUUUCCUGCACGGCCUCCAUCCUCAACCUGUGCGCCAUCUCGGUGGACCGGUACUGGGCGAUCACGAAACCGCUCGAGUACGGUGUGAAGCGAACGCCGCGCCGGAUGAUUGCCUGCAUUGUGCUGGUGUGGUUGGCGGCGGCCUGCAUCUCGCUUCCGCCACUGCUCAUCCUCGGCAACGAGCACGAGAUCAACGGGCAGCCGGCCUGUUCCGUGUGUCAAAACUUCUUCUACCAAAUCUACGCGACGCUCGGCUCCUUCUACAUCCCGCUCGCCGUCAUGCUGUUCGUGUACUUUCAAAUAUUCCGCGCCGCACGGCGCAUCGUGAUGGAGGAGAAGCGGGCCCAGAAGCGGCUGGAAAGCGCGAUCAACGGUGCGACCCAGGCCGUAACGCAGGAGAAGAAACCGCCGGGGCUGACGGAUGGGAAGGGUACCGCGGGGAAGGUCACGAACAGCUCGCCCCAAAACAAGCGGCUACGGUUUCAGCUGGCCAAGGAGCGGAAGGCAUCGACCACGCUCGGCAUCAUCAUGUCCGCGUUCACGAUCUGCUGGUUGCCGUUCUUCAUACUGGCGCUAGUCCGCCCAUUCAUGAAGGACGACCAUCGGACGCUGUCGUCGUUCUUUCUGUGGCUCGGGUACGCCAACUCGCUGCUGAAUCCCAUCAUCUACGCGACGCUGAACCGCGACUUCCGGAAACCGUUCCAGGAGAUCCUGUACUUCCGCUGCUCGAGCCUGAACAACAUGAUGCGGGAGGACUUCUACCACAGCCAGUACGGUGAUCCCGGCUCGCAGCGGUUGGUCAUCACGAACGAUGGAGGGGCACGUGAGAGCUUUCUGUGAAGGCCUUUGGUGGCGGUACGCCCCCGUGCGGAUUGCACGAUUGAUUUGGUGAACGGUGGCCGCCCCACCGUUUGCCGAUCCGAUCGAAGUGCAGUUGAAAAAAAAAAACACCGAAACAAAACAAAACAAAACAAAAGAAACACGAACAAAAAACCAAAUACACAUUUAAUGCAGGCAACAAUCACGAUAAAAAGAUGACCCACCCCACCUAGCGGGUUUGAACGGUAUUUAGUUUAAUUUAGUCUUCCGUUUUUGUACAUAAGCGCUAAAAACACUAGGAACUAGCUCAUCCGCACAUCCUUUUCUCAUUCGUCGUACUUUAGCUGGUCACCAUCGUUCGAAAGCAUUAGUAAGCCGAACACACACACACGCGUACACGCGUACACAAACACGACUCGCCCACUCGCCCGAUACAUCGAGCUCGUUUAUUCGUUAACCAACGCCUUUUCCCAGGAGUCCUUGAAGGUACAACCAAAAAAUCCCACUGAAGUAAAUAAAUAACUAACAUCACAUCCAAUGGCGUGCAGGAAGGUCAAGAUUUAUCACUGUUAGAUUGGGAAAAGAUUGUCUAUCCGUUUGUGUGCGUGUGUGUGUGUAAGUGUGUGUGAAUGUGUACUGUGUAGGUAUGGAGGCACGCGAUGAUUACUAGACCAAUGCAACGCCCAUAACAUUUAGCAAGAACACGGAUGUAUAUGUUUUGUGAUAUAUUAAAAAAAAAGAAGAGAAUAGAAUGGUUGGUACAUGUGUUCCUUUAUGCGUGGUGUCGUGGGGUAAGUGCGUGGUAAGAAGCAUAGCAUAGCAAAACAAACAAGAAGAAGAAAUGCACAACAAGAAAAUAUAAGAAAAGAAAACAAUAAACAAACACGUACGCCGGAAAAGACACCCAUACACGCAUCACUACCAGCCCGACUAGGGGGCGGUAGGAAGACAAACAAACAAACAAACAAACAAACAAACAAACAAAACAGAGCAACAACUGCCAAACUAUUCCGGGAGGCAAAAAAAAAAAGCAAAAGCAAACUAUUCGUAUCGAUGUGUUGUCUUUUUUUCUUUCGAGAAUUCGAGAUCGCUAGGAUUCGGUUCGAUCGAUGUGUACGUAUCGGUGUGUAUGUAUUGUGCGUGUUGUACCUAUGAACCUGAUGCGUGUACUUUUGCAUCGCGGUUCGAAUCCCCUUCGGGGGUCGAAUUGUGCCGUGCUCUAUGCAUGUUAGACUAGUUUUCGAUGUUCUAUGUGGAGAGAAAGGCAGACACGUGCACGGCCGGGGAUGGUUAUCGAAAUCGCCAGUACCAGUAUUAAGUAACAAAAUAACGCCAUGUUAUUGGUGGAAAAGCGGUAAGAAACGAGCCGGUUCUUUGUUUGGUAGAGAAAAUGGCGUUGCCGUACUAGCUUGUAACCGGUGUCCGGCAGAGACAACACGAGCUUUUCACUGUAGGCUGCGGCAAAACGAUAUCAAAACUGUAACUGGCACAGUUUUGUGUUUCAACUUUCUUACACCAUUCACCGUCGAUACUUUCCGCUACACAAACAGAACAGAUUGUCGUGCAGCCGCUGCAAUUGCUCGUCGUACUUUCCCGCGUGAGAUAUUUGCAUUGGUUCAACUAUUGAUAUUCUAGACAGUAAUGGACAGCAUUCGGGGAGGGGUUUUCUUUUUUUGGUGUUGAAGUGAUCGAACAUCACACAAAGCAAACAGCUGAUGAACCGCGGUAGUUGUGGUGCGUAACGUAACGAACGGGAACGAGCAGUACAGGCAGCAAAUAUUCGUAUAAGCAUCAACUUCAGCGGCAGGUACGAACACACACGCAAGCAGGGUAGUAGAGACAGAGAGAGAGAGAGAGAGAGAGAGAAAGUCAGCAAAAUCAACCACAAUAUAAACAUAAUAAAUCAAAUCAAAACGCGAAACGAAGUGGAUGCGGUGGCCGUAAACCAAAAUGUAAGAUAAAAUGCUACUCAGUUUAGUUAGUUAGCUAUAAAUAUGUAUAUUUUUUGUUUGUUCCGACCUUUACUUUCCCUAUGUAUAGCGACGAAACAAAGCAAAAAAGCGGAUCAGACGGACGGAAAUAAACAGUGGUCGAAAAUCGAUUCAGAAGGCGAUGCAAAACCAAACGAACAGAGAAUGAGUUUGUCUGUUGUAUUAUUAUUGUUUUAUUUUUGGAAUGUUGACGUUUGUAUGGUUUUUUUAAUGUGUUUUGUUGAGAAACU